UGAUGUUACACUGUGAAAUGGCUGAAUGUCACUUCUGCACCAGAAGGAUCAGGUAUUGAAUGUAAUACAUCAAUUAUGUGGUUGUGUCUGGAGUGCACAGCCUCCAUCAGAUGUGACCUUGGAACAGUAUUUCUGCUCCAGUGAGGCUGUCUGCACAAAAAUAGAAAUAAAAAUUGUCAAUUUCUACCUGUUUGUAAACUAGAAUCGUGCAAAUGUAUAUUUUGUUGUUGUGUCCUACUGCUCUGAUACUAGUCCUUUCUCAUGUCAUUAUUUCCUAUUGGAUUAAGCAUGUUAGUGUUGCUAGUCUGAAUUUCCUUUCUUUACUGUUGUAUGUAGCAUGUAGCUUCCUAUAUGAGAGAAGACUGUGCCAUAGAUGCUCUGUGUUCAUUUUUAUUCAAAUAGUCUUAUGUCUUUCCAUGAAAGUGUUUUGACAAAAGCUGACCUUUUUGAAAUGAUGAAGCUUCUUAACAUUUAAAAGCUAAAAGAAAAACUAGAAAGACUUUCAAAGGCACUGAUGUAAUGGAAAAGUUCAUGUAUGGGAUGGAAAAGAGAGAGAAGUAAGUACUUAAAAGGGCAGCUUGUAUCUUUGAGUAAAGGCAUGCUAGAUGACAACAUUUUCGAUCUACUCCUGCUUUCAGUGUUUUUGAAGCAUGUAAUAUAUUUUUCUGUUCAGAUGUAUUGUUCUGUAACAGUGAUACAUCAUAGGUAAUGCUGCUGUGAAGUAGGAAAUUCCAAAGGCAGACCUGUUUCUUCUGUUAUUUCUAACUUCUUUCCCUAAAUAGAUUGAUUUUUUUAGGUCUUUCUCUACUGAAUGCAGAUAGUGUUCUGACUCAUCCACCCUUAAAAACCUCACCAACCACCAUCAGGGGGUUGAAUAGCACAGAUGUGGUUCUGUGUUCUUAAGUAACCUGAGUAACAUAGUGCACUUUUAAAGAGGUGAUACUGAAGGUCCUGAGUCUCAAAGAAUAGUGGGAAAAACACACUAAAAGGAAAAGCAAACAUUCUUCCUCUCAAUCAUUACUAUGAUCAAACUAUACACCAAACUUUUUCAUUAGUCUUUUCAUAAAACAGCUGUUAAAUAAUUCUGAGAGAUAGAAUAAUGAAAGCUUUACUUCUUUUAAGGGUACUCAUCUUGUAUUUUAUGUACAAGUAUAAAAGCAGCAUAUAGCUGAAUUGUUUGAUGGGUACCUAAAGCUAUCCUCAGUUUAGCAGCAGUGGCUUAUCAACUAAAUUUGUCCACAAGCAUAGCAGGUUUAUUGUUUUGCUUCUUCAGGAGCCAAAAGAAUAUGCAGGAAUGCAUGAUGAAACCAAAUGGAAAUGGAAUCAGUAACUGUAGUUCUCACAGCUGAAAAUCAGAUUUACUGAAGUUUAUGAAAAUAGUAACAUGCAUUGAUUUCUAAGGGUUACAUUUGGUUGUAGGAUCAUGAGUUAUGCUAAUCAGAAAUCAGCAGUUGUGACUGAAGGUCAAAACAGGUGAAAGGGUCUUUGUGUUUUUUCAAACAGUUUAAGAGCAACAUGUCUCGUUCCUUAAGGUAUUGUUGUUUUUAUGGGGUUUUUUUUGUUUUUUUUGUUUGUUUUUUGGUUUUUUUUUUUUUGGGGGGGGGUGGUUGUUUUUUGGUUGGGUGGUUUAUUUUUUUUCUUUUCUGAACAGCACAGCACCAAUAGGUGAAAUCCCAGUUCAGGCAGGCAACAAGGCUGAAAGGUGACUGCCUAAGAGGCUUAGGUUGGAUGGUGUAGUCUGUGAUUAGAAGGGGUAGGGACUAUGUCAGGAGCAGGACAGCCACAGAGUGUUCUUGCCAGCAUGAUGCCAUGUUGUCUGAGGACUCCUAAUUAACCAUAGUCUGACUAUAAAACUUCAUCACCACAGUGUACCUUGAGUGCUACAGUGUUUAAUAAAGCCACAUAUCUCUCACUGGGAUUAACUUGCUGAAACUAAUAAUUUCUCAGAGUUUAGUUUUAGCAAAUGGUGGGGUGGGCGAGGCUAUCCAAGAUUCAGUUAUCUGGAUCAACUGAUGUCUGAAAAAUGCAUGAACUAGAAAUGACAUGUUACAACAGAGGGUCUCUGUGCAUCCUAACAGUGUUUUCACUAUUUUAAGUGACUAGAAGUGAAAAGUAGUGAUUCAGGCAAUAGAACAAAGCAUGGGUUAGAUAAAUUGGGUGCUUUGACUGUUGUUUUUCUUUUAAUAUUAAUUUUUAGAAAUUAGACACAACUGUUAAAGAAAAAUAUCUUCAUUUUUAAAACAUAAAUAAAUAUGUAUAAACAUUUAUAAAAACAAAAAUGUAAUCUGACGCGUUGGCAUCAAGCAGGUGCAAAAUGACAUUUGUAAGGUAUUAAAUGCUUGUUUCUCUCUCAUUUUUGUGUUCAUUUGAGAACUUCAGAUUCUCUUAUCUGUCGAUAAUGAGAGCUUUUCUAGUACGUUGGACUGUGAUAAAUAAGGAAGAAUAAAUAAUUGGUAUGAGGCAAUUGUUGAUUGGUGAGAAUUACAAAAAUUUGUAUUUCAUGAAAGUUAUUUAGUAAAUCUGUAGCACAGGAUAUUUUGUUCUCUCCAAUAAAGCAACCAUCAUGGACCUUCAUAAGGAGUGGGUUAAUGGAUUAGAUGACCCAAGUUUGUUGGUAUUUCAACUGCUGUUUGCAAACAUCAUAUGUGUUUUGAAUUUCAGAAUGUGUUAUGUUUCAGCUUUUGAGACAGUCCUGAAUUUUAGGGAUUGGCCUAGGUGAAGUAUCCAAGAAAUAAUUCCCUUUUGAACAUACAGGUCAAACUACUGACUUUUGUGUAUUUUGUGCUUUGUGCCUGUUAAAAUCUUACAUGGUUAUUAUCUGAUUUAGGCAUCAACCUUGUAUUUUCUUUCUUCCCACCAACAGUAAAGAUUUUAAAGAAAACCAAGCAGUAGCAACCCAAAGGGAUGCCAGUGCAGAACACUGGUUAUGUUUCAUUUAAUUCAUAUAUUGAUCAGGUACGUCACACUGCUCCUUCUAGCCAGUUACACAGUUACACAUUUUAAUAAGCAAAUCCUGACAGAAGACAGCAGUUGCCAGCACAAAUUUAAUUUAAUUUAGUUUCUAGUGAAUUUCUAAUGAACAGGGAACUCUAAGCAGUGGCGUUCUUCAGAUAAUCAAAUUCAUGGUAAUUGCAGUUUUUCUUUUGGAGAAAUCUGUAUUUGUUAGGAAUCUGAAGGAAAUAAUUAUUUCAGUGUGACUGAUGCAAUCAAAUGGUUUACUUUGAAUAAGUAAAAUAUGAAGGAGGCUAAUCAAAUGAAGUGCUACUGUAUGAGAGCAAAACGAAAGGGUGACAAGUUUGACAGUAGAAUAAAGACCAAACCAAGGGCUUUGUUUUGACAUACAUGCAGAUAAUCAGGCAAAUUCAAGUCUUUUGAGAGAUCUUUUCUAUAAGGGUCACUUUACAGAUAUAGAUCAUGUAAUCUGAGCCUUGCAGAUUAUCGUUCUACUUCUAAACAAGUACGAGAGAGGUUUUUAAUUCCUUAUUUGAAGGUAGAGAGAGGUUUUUAAUUCCUUAUAUAUUCCUUUUUAUUCUUUAUUCCUUAGCUGUAGAUUUACACAUUCACAUGUUUUUGCCAUUGGCAUUUGAUUCACAGAUGACUGAUUUAUUGAGCAAAGGCCAAAUUCAGGACACACUUUUAACUGUCAGGACUGCAAACUCUACAAAAUUUGUUUGAAAGCCAGCACCUGUUGUAAUUAAAAUAUACAAAGCAGUAGAAGAAUCCCUUCCAGCUUGAGGAAAUACUUAUCUUACGAGCAAAGCAAUAAUUAUUGCAGAGAUGGUAUGCUAAAUUAAUUCAGGUGUGAAUUUGUUUUUGUUGUAUUUAGUGUAAUUAUCUUAAACAUAAAUCUCUAAAAUCAGUCACUGCUUAGAUAAAAAACACAGAUGAAAAUAAACAUGUCAGUAAGAGCUACAGAAAGUACAGCAGGGUCAAGUUCUCUUUUCAGUAGGUGCUGAACAUGAAAGAUGGAACAAUGCAAAGGUAAACUGAAAAGCAGGUUUAUUAACAGAUGGCUUUGACCUCUGCUUGACUACAACACCAGUGGUUUCUUGAUUUCCUGUAGCAAAAAUGAAAAUAUAAAGGGUGUCUGAGGAAGAAGAAAAUAGUAGCUUUGUAGAUGAACUUGGGAAGUGUUCUUAUGAUAAAAGAUUACUGCUACUUUUGAGUGGAUGAAAUGUAUCUGGGGAAAUUUGAGCAGAUACUGUGAAGAGACUUCUGGGCGUUGCAAGAGGAGACAGGAAGAGAAUUACAAAAGUGCUUGAAAGGGAAAAGAUAGAUAUAAUUGCUGCAGUGACAAGACAGCAAGCCAUCUAUAUGUGCCCUCUGUUCUGGGGCAGGGACAGCCACAGUGGCUUCAAAGAAAAAAAAAAUUAGACUGAUCUCAUGGGGCGCAUCUUGCAUAGAUCAGAACGUGUUACUUAAAACUGUGGGUUCAGGUACUGUAGUUAAAUUGUGUCUUGACAAGAGGCCUAAACAAUAGUAUUCCUCAUGGGGGGACCACAACAAAAUUAGAAAUCAGAUUUCAAAAGUGCUGUGGACAAAUCAGUCCUCUCAGGAAAAGCUACAACACACUCAGAGUGAAGGGGAAACAAGUGUGAAGAAACAUGAGCCCGUUCCUUGAGGAGUUCACGUACUUGAGCAUUCAAGGGUUUUUUUGUUUUUAUUUAAAUAAAAAAAAACCAGCCAAAAAGUCAUGUUUGCAUUCUAGUCAAAUUUCCAGCCUACACACAGUGUGCCAGGGCAAGCUAUGGAUUUCAUUUUUUUAAUUGAUUUUUAGUCUUCAUCUGCACACAUAGUAACUACACUUGAAAUUUUCAGAUUUGAAAACAAAUUUAUCUCCUUCUGUGUUUUUUUCUUUAUGUUGUAUUUUAUUCUUGGGAGACCCAAACAGAUGAGUCUUGUCCCUUCACAAGCACUUUCGAUGAAACAUUAGAAGUUUACAUUUUCAGUGUGAUUACCCCUUGUGGAAAUGGGAUUCUCUCUAGCUGUCCUGCACCAGCAAUGGAAUAAUGCAGUUUUGAGGGUGAGAUCAGGUGGUAAGGAGCUCUAAUUUCUGUCCCUUGGUUUUGUACCAAAUUGUUUUAACUGGGACAAAUUCUGUUAGAAUGUUCAUGGGAUAAUUAAUGUGUUUUGCUUUAUACACAAGUGUAUUAGGGCUGCAGAUAGAUGUCUUUAUGGGAAAUGUCCAUUUCUCAGGGUAUUAUUUCGUUUUAAAAUGAUGAGCUGAGCUGGAGCUUGGAGGUGGCUUGAGUUCAAACAUGAGUUGAAAGAAUAAUUAUAUUGCAAGCUUUCUUGUGUGUAGUCCUGUUAAAUCGAUAUAAUUCUACUGUCAUCUUCAGUAUUGUAUAUAUUGCAGUUAAACUUCUAUGGACUUUAUCUUCCAGUAUGUUUAGGAACAUCUUCUCUUUAUAGUCAUUAAAACUGUGGGGCUUUUUUCUGAACUAAUUGCAGAUAAUGCUGUGAAAAUUUCACAUUCAAUACCUAAAAUUGUCAAAACAAGCUAAUAAUAUAUGUAAUUUAAAUCUUUGUAAAAGAAACCACUUCUUUUGAAUUCUGGACUUAUUUUCUCUAGUGAUGACAUGUGGAUAGUUUUUACUAAGCACUUUCUUAAAGAGCUAAAAGGAUUUUUAGCUUUGAUUUGCCCUGAAGCAGAUAAUUUUUUAAUGAAUUUUUUUAGGGAUAGGUUUGGAACUCUGCUCUGAGGCCUCUACCCUUUUUAAUGGGUACAAUAAACAAUUGUAGCAUUUUUACCCUUAUGUUUGCAAAAAUGUGACAUCUAACUUGUUUCUCAUAAUCCUAAAUUAGUAUCUUACAGCGUUAAGUGCUGAAAUGGUGAUUCAAGUUUGGCCUUGUAAGAAUCCUGUCUGAAUAAUAUUUUUAAAAGCAAGGGCAUGACUUCAAGGCAGUUGUUCUUCUGUGACUUACUUUAAACCUGGGUGUUUUCUUUACCAAGACAUAUUCUAAACAAGGAACUUAGAAUUCAUGUCAAGGUUUGUUAGAAGAGAGCAGAGAGGAAUUUAGCAAAAUGACACUUACAAAUGAUGUUAUUAUAGACAUUGGUAUUUUUGAAAGCUGUUAUUGAUGUUUUCUCUCUUUGAAUGCAAUGGUGGGAAUCCUCCCUGAAUUAAAAGUAGCUACAAUAAAUCUGUGUGCUGUUAAAAUACCGUUGAAAAGGCCUUACCAUCCAGCUUUUUGCUAUUGUAGCUUUAGGUUCAGCCCAAAGUGCCUGUAAAUUUCUUUUGAAGAAUACUAGAAAGAUUUAUCUAAAAGAUGAAAAAAAGUGUUGCACUUGGGUUUAUUUGUGUCCUUUGAUUUUCUGAUUGUCAUUACUUACAUCAGCAUAUAAGUCUUAACUAUAAUUAAUAAGAUCUGGGCUGAAAAGGUUGGCACUAUCUUGAAUGAAUCUGCUAACCUUAUUUACAGUGUAUUUAUUACUGGAAAUAGCUUAAUGUAUUUAUAGACACAAAUUUUACCAUAUUUUAGAGAUGUUCUGUUAGAUAAAUAGACCUGCUUCUUAAAACUUGAUUAAUAUCAGAAGUUAUGUUCAAAUUGUGCUGUGCAUUUCAGCUUGGAAUCCUGCAAAUGCUAACCAGCUUUUCAGCCUGAGGUCAGUGCAAUUGUGAUAUUUUUCCACCUCAAACUUUCUGUGCUGUCCAUAUCAGACACACCUGUGAGUUUGAAAUGUUGCCAUCAAAACCAGGCUAAGCGGUCACUAGCUUCAUGAGGAGGAGGAAUCAGGAAAUAGAGAUGUUUUUGUGUUGUCAUUUCAAAGGCAGCAAUGUUUCAGUGCUGCAUCAUCAAAAGAUUUUGUGUGUUUAGGUGUGUUUGUGUCUUUAGGUGUGGAUCACAUAAAAGUUAGCAUAGAGGUGUGAUUUUUUUAAUAUAUUUCAAUGCUAUUUCUUUUUUUGAAAGCACUAUUAUAAUUAUUUGAACUGCUCAACUUCAGGACAGUUUAAACUUUGAUCUUAACUCACAUGUUUCUAGUUCAUGCCCCCCAUCCAUCAUAAGCUGAUUUUGUUAUAAAUAACCAAAAGCUGUACAAACACUAUGUAAAACUAUUAGUGAUUUCCCCACUCUGUUGUUGCCCUCUGGUUUCAAACUCCAGUCUUCAGAUAACUGUCAAUCACAUGUAAUUUUUUUUUCAUGCCGCUGAUCAGAAUUUAAAGGCUGACAAAAAACAUCAUCAAGUGCUUUUCUGAUGUUCUCCUUAUGAGCAAUUUGUUUAAUUGCUGCAGGAAUCAAAUGUGCCUGAGCUUAAAUUUAAAGUCAAUGGGUUCAAAGCAGAAGGCAGGGCAAAGAGAACACCAGCAGUUUAAUGUGGUUUUGGACACUAAAUUUGUAAUAAUUAAACUUCUGCUAAGAUAUGUCUGCUGUCUACUUUUGAUGUGCUAUAUACAAGGCUGUAAUUUGACAACUUUUUUAUCUCUGCCCACUCUUUUGGGAAGUAAGAUGAUUAGCUAUUCUGUUUAAAUUUUGUGGAGAAAAUUUACAUUUCAACUUCUCAAUUUUGUUUUUCUAUUUAGGUUAAGUUUUCAAGCCACUUUAGAAGCAGUGGAUACCACAAGUCACUGACUUCAUCCUUCAGGUUUUUUAAGUGCAAAUAUGCACAACUCUGUUGCUGCUUGUAGUGAUCAUUGUCUGAGGGUUAAAAUUGAAAUUUUCUGUUUUGAACAGUCAUUUCAUCAAGCUGGUGAACAGUUAACAGCCUUGAGGGGAAAGAAGGGCCUUUCGAGCUGUUAUUACUAAUAGCAGAGGAAUUUGAAGAACAGAGGAUGUUAAAGUUCUGAGGAAGUAAACAGUUUCUAGGAAGGGAAAUCCACCUUUCCAUGUGUUUAUUUUUCAAAGAGAGGAAACUACCUAAGAGGUGUAAAACUUUGUGCAUACAAAAUAGGACAUCUACUUCAGAUUAUGUUACCUUUGACUCCCAGUUCUCACGUAUCUUCAGAACCCCUCUCCCAACCUUCUUUUUGUGCAACUUCAGCCACCUUAGAUUUAUGGUAUGACACAGGUGCUCCUUCCUCUACCCAAUGUGCAAAAAAUGUACAGUUGUAUUGUUCUAUCUUUCAGUUUGUUGCUGUUUAAGAAUAUUUUUAAGGAUUUUUUCUCUCCACCUUUCUGAGUGGCACUGGCCUUUGUCAUAUGAAUUGGGGUCUCUUUAAUGGCCUAAUUUUCCUAAGGAGUAUAUGCAUCUCUUAAAAUGCGUACUCAUACUGGCUACUAAAAACAGAGAUAGCGAAGAAGUCAUAUUUUAGAGUUGUCUCUGUAGACUGUCUUCCUUGUGGAAGAAUUUUUCCAUUCAGGGAGAAAGUUUGCAGUGGAAAAUAUGGCUGCAGUUUUGAAUUCUUUAUUACUGAUGUUCACUGAUCAGCAGUGGAAGCGUACUGAUGGAGAAGAAUUAGGAAAUUCCUAAAAAACCUUAAAGUAAUGUCACCCAUGGUGACUGUGCUCUUCUUGUCUCUGUUAUUUCCCACUUAAAUGAGGGUCAAAUUCUGCUAGCUGAAAAAUUAGUUCUGACCUACAGAUAAUUCCACACAGAGCUAUUAACUGGCAGCACAACUGUAGCAUCCUGCAUUGCCUUAAGUACAGCAAAUAUCAAAUUGUCUUUCCUGAGCUAAGAAAAGCACAAAUAUAGUUCAAACAAAUGUUUCAAACUAAUAGCCUAUUCUGCAAUUAAUAUUCCUGUAAAGAACACAAACAGCAAAGAAAAACUGUGAAAGAGCUCUCAUUUUCACUUAGCUGAAGCAAUACAUGAUAGAUGACUGCAUUAUCAUGUGCCUCUGUUAACAAGAAGACAAAACAAACACAAGCUCAGUGCUGAUUUCCUGAGCCAUUCUCCACUGGCAGGUGUCGUGCUUUAACUUUGCCUUUGGGAGCUGUAAAACUUCCUGGAAACCUUUGCUGGAGUUCCUUUCCCUCCAAGCUGCUCUAUGAGGACUUGUCAAAUCUUGGGGAAAGUUAUGAUCUUCAGGAACAAAGAGAUUUGAACAGGAAGGGGUCAGUUUUCUGUUUUAGGCGUUCCCUGUUGAGUGCUACAUCGUACUGCAGAAAGGAAGUUUUUUGUAGGGAGCAGGAGCAGGCUUGGUAGGCUCAGGAAUUUGGUAGCACCUUUCCUUGCUGGUAAGCAACAUGAAGGUGGACAAAGGUGGAGGCAGUGUAGCUGCAAGUAGGUUCAGUCUGCUGGUGUCAUGUACCUGAGCUCUUCAAAUAGCUACCUUCUUUGCAGCCUGAAGGAAUAAUAAUUGUCAAAUUAUGUGAAACUGUGUGCAGCAAAUAGUUUGCCAAUGCAAUUGUGUCUUGGUGAGCUUUGUCUGACUUCAGCUGUUUCUAUUAUGUCAAUAUUUUAUGCUGCCAUUAGAGGUAGGAAACAUAAACACAAGUGUUGUGUUGCUGAAAACCAGAUAUUGCCUUUGAAAUCAGACUAAUGGGGGAAAAAAGAUAGAGAUAUCAGAAAAAUACUAAACUCUGGUAGUAUCACUUUGUAUUCUAAAAUGCUGAAGAAUUAUCUCAUUAGGUUGUGUUUUCAGUUGGUGGAUCAUAGCAGUAAAAUGAAUAGACUGACUAAAGGAACACUGAUGGAAGGAUGGUUCUCUACCCUGUUGUUUGACUUGUAGUGAGAGGUUUUGUACUCGUCUGAGGUGACAAGUGCUCAACCUAGGGUACAGUGCCUGAAAGCUUCUGCUGCAGCAGCUCAGCUGUUUCCUACUUUCUAUGCUAUGAGUAGCAGAAAACAUUAAAAUUACUUAAUUGGUAAAGCUAAGGACUGUUUUUCAUAUAGAUCCCUUGUUUUUUUCAUUACUAGCCUGGCAGCUUAGCAAAUUGGCAGAAAACCAUUGUGUUAAUUAUUGAGAAGCCUAAAUUCCUUUGUGGAUUUAGCCAUGGUAAUUGGAAUAGAAGCUCAGUACAGAGUGCGGAGGUGUAAAGCUGGCCUGGCCAUAAUCUGGUGGUUUAAGAAAAAGCAGAAUGGUGUUAGGCCUUGUGUGCUCUGUAACAUAAGUCUUUGUGAAGCGGAAGGAAGGAUUUGGGACUUGUUACUUCUGUGGAUUUCUUUUUCCUUACAUGGACCAGCAGCUUGAGAGUGCCAGCUGCACACAGGAUCAUGGCACCAGAGCCUGCUGAUGGCAAUUCUCCCUUGAGAAGUGAGCACAGCUUUAUCCAUAGAUAGCUCUGGGAAGGUGUGAAUGUUUCAGAGUAUAUUGCUCAGGUGUAAAUAUUUCAGAGUCACUGAAGGCGGUUGCUCAAACUUUCCUUUCUCCUAGACUCUUGCAUGUGAGUUAAAUUAAUUUCUUGAGAGAAACCUUCAUAAAGGGCUAAAUAAACAAGGUCUACAUACAGAGAAAUUUGUUUCUUCUGCUGCAUUUGAGACACAGCUCAACUCCUCUGUCUGGAAAUCUGAAGACUUUUAUAGCAAAUCCUCCAGUGUCAAAAUGAACACAGAUAGCGGUGGGUGUGCUCGCAAACGUGCUGCAAUGUCUGUCACAUUAACAGCUGUGAAGAGAGUUCAGAGUUCUCCAAACCUAUUGGCCUCAGGGUCUGAGUCUCAGUCUCCAGAUUCAGCUUGGCGAUCUUACAAUAAUGGCAGUAGAGAGACACUGAAUGGAGACGCUAGCGGCUCAUCUCUUUCAGCAAAAGGUUUCAGGAGCGUGCGGCCAAAUCUACAGGAUAAAAAAUCACCAACUCAGGCACCUCUGCCACCUCCUAGAAAAGAAAGCUUUCGGAAAGCAAGAGUAACUAAUCACGAGAACGAAAUUAAUCUCCAGGCAGUAACUGCUGCUCCAGCUAAACAGCACCUCACAGAUACUGCCUAUUACACUAGUGAGACAUUCAUUCAGGAGACAAUGUCUUCUCAAAUAUCUAACACAAGUGUGUCCUAUGCACAAAAAAUCAUUAAACCGCUGAGCUCAGUCUCCAGUGCAGACACAAGCACAGUAGCUGGCAUUAGUACUACUCUCCAUCAAGGCCAAAGGCAGCAGUCUCAAAAACGUAAGAUAUCUACCCUGAAAUUAACCCGGACUCGUGACCCAGCAAGUAGCAUUCCUUGUAAUUCACAGCAACAGCUCAAGCCUGUUGAAGAGCCAGUAUUUUCACAAAGGCCUAUCUCACCUGCCUGUAACCCCAUGCCUGAGAUACACACAGCAUCUCUUUCCGUUCAAAUAGUUCCCACCCCUGACAAUAAAGCAGAGCCUGAAAUCCAAGAUCAUCCACCUAGUAUUUCUCCAGACACUUCAAAGAUGUCUUCAAAGGAUUUGGGACAAAAGUCUACAGUUCUUCCUUCUUCACAGGCUGCAGAAUGCCAUGUGCUUGGAAACCAGAAAGUAACUGCCCCUGUGAUGGAGGUAAAUGCUUCACAGACACACAGACAAACAGCAACAGAAGCUUCUCCACUGCCUCUUCCUUCUCCUGUGGUACCAGUUAACAGAGCCUCUCUCUCACCAGACAGUGGCACCCACCUAGUACCAUACUCUUUGCCAGCGCUUGAUGAUUUUUUGGCUUCACGCUUUUGUAAAACCCCAGCCCUGUCCCAGUGUCCCUAUAAAUGCCCGUACCUGGCUGCUGCCAGUGCAACCCACGGGAGUGAAACAGCCUCUGUGAGCACAGACUCUGCCAUGAGCGAGUGCUCCUCGCGCACAGUGAGUGAGUCCUCCACAGCCAUUCUAGAUGAGCUGCAGACUUGUAGCUAUGAUACUACUGACUGCUCUGAAACACCUUCCCCAACCUUGAGCCAGAUGUCUGCUGUGUCAGAUGGCACCACCUUAACCAACACUGCUGCCACUUCUCAUGCUCAGAUCACAGUGAAUGGGAAUUCUGGCACUGCUGCCAGCCCAGUGAGUCACUUUCAAAGGCCUUUUUCCCCUUCUUCAGCUUACCCUCCACCAGCUUCACUCAAUUCCAACAUUGUUAUCAUGCAGCAUGGCAGGAUGAUGGAGUCCACAGAGACGUACUCACAGCAUGUUCAGAAUGUUGGCACCACCACCACCACCAGUACAAUACCAAUCUGUAGAACCUCAGAAGAAGAAAAAAAAAUUACAGUAAUUAAAGCUCCACAUUAUGCAGGGAUUGGCCCGGUAGAUGAAUCUGGAAUCCCUACAGCAAUUAGAACGACAGUUGACAGGCCAAAGGAUUGGUACAAGACUAUGUUCAAGCAAAUCCAUAUGGUUCAUAAGCCUGAUGACGACACAGACUUGUAUAAUACUGCAUAUGCAUACAGUACUGGUAGCUACAGUCCAUCCUUCUCUGCUCAGGCACACCCAGCUGCAAAGACACAGACGUACAGACCACUGUCCAAAAGUGCUUCUGACAGUAGCUCCGAUGCCUUUAAGGUCUCGUCCCCUUUGCCACCCCACGUGCCACCACCAGUACCACCGCAUCGUAUGAGGCAACGGUCUACACCAGAAAAGAAUGACUGGGAUCCUCCUGACAGAAAGGUAGAUACUCGCAAGUUCCGUUCCGAACCAAGAAGUAUUUUUGAAUAUGAGCCGGGAAAGUCAUCGAUCCUUGAACACGAAAGACCGACUGAUCGCAUAAACCCAGAUGACAUAGAUUUAGAAAACGAACCCUGGUAUAAAUUCUUUUCAGAGCUGGAGUUUGGACGUCCGCCACCUAAAAAGCUUUUGGACUAUGUUCAAGACAAUUCUUCUGGUGUUUCCAAUGAGGCUUCCUUAUAUCAUCACUAUUCAACAGACCGAGGCCUGGACAGGCCCUCCAGUUCUGCAAGUACUGCGAGUGACUACAGAAAGCGAAGGAAGUCAGAGCCUGCUGUGAGUCACCAGAGGGCACACAGUGAUCAGAACGCCAACAGACCUAACCUGGGCCGUACAGACACACAGGGCUCAUGUUCCACCCUUAGGAAGCCUUUAACUAGCUCAUCUCCUUCUUCUCCAUCACGAGCUAAAGGUGGGGAUAUUAGCAAAGUAUAUCCAUCCCUUUUAAGUUACUCAGUGCACAACCAGAACACCUCAAAUGAAUUAGAUUACUGUAGCACUUACAGACAACAUUUAGCUGUUCCAAAUGAUUCAAGAAGGGCAACCAGCUACAAGAAUGGCUGGCAAAUGACUCGCCAAAAUGCAGAAGUCUGGAGUAGCACAGAGGAAGCUGCUUCUCCAAAGAGGAAAUCUCGUAGCUGUGAUGACCUGUUGACAGAUGAUCAUGAUAGCUAUCCCGAUGCACAGGCCAAGGCUGAAAGCAUGGGCUCUCUGUUAUGUGAGGAGGACUCCAAAGAAAUUUGCUCAAUGAACUGGAAGUCCCCAUACGUUGAGGGCCGUGGUAGUGGUAGGUCAAGAGUUCGUCACAGGUCUGCACAUGAUGCUCCAGGUUUCCUGAAGAUGUACAAAAAGAUGCACCGCAUCAAUCGCAAGGACUUGAUGAAUUCUGAGGUGAUUUGUUCUGUCAAGUCCAGAAUACUGCAAUAUGAAAAAGAACAGCACAAAGGUAUUCUUCAAGGCUGGAGAGAGUCGUCUACUGAGGAGGUGCCCAGAGACAUGGUGCCAACCAGAAUAUCUGAAUUUGAAAAGUUAAUUCAGAAGUCAAAAUCAAUGCCGAACCUUGGUGAUGACGUGUUGUCAACUGUUACAUUAGGGCCUCCUAAAAAUGGCUUGUGUCCAAAGAGGCGAUUUUCUAUAGAAUCUCUGCUGGAAGAAGAAACUCCAGUCAGACAUCCCUCUCAGGUACAACGGAGCUACAAGUCUAAAACCCUGGUGCCAAUUCAUAUUGAAGUGACCAGUGAUGAGCCACAACGAUCACAUAUAGAUUUUUCAGACAGCGAUCAAGACGGAGUGGUUUCUGAUCUCAGUGACUUUAUCCAGAUAGAGGGUUCAUCUUUCUGUAGUGAAAGUGACUUUGAUCACUUUUCCUUCACUUCAUCUGAAAGCUUUUAUGGAUCAGGCCAUCACCACCACCACCAUCAUCACCACCACAGGCAUCUCAUCAGCUCCUGCAAAGGGCGAUGCCCAGCAUCCUACACCCGCUUCACCACCAUGCUAAAACAUGAAAGGGCUAAGCAAGAAACCACUGAAGAUCCAAGGAGACAGGAAGCAGAAUCCGGCCUGUCUAAGAUAGCAUUCCUCGUCAGCCCAGUGCCUUUCCGGAGGAAAAAAAGUGCAGCUCCUAAAAAACAAACUGAAAAGAAAAAAUGCAAGUCAUCUGUGUUUGAAGCACUAGAUUCUGCACUUAAAGACAUCUGUGACCAAAUCAAAGCUGAAAAAAGGCGGGGAAGCUUGCCCGACAACAGUAUAUUACACAGACUUAUUACUGAGCUGCUUCCAGACAUUCCAGAAAGGAAUUCAUCUCUUAAAGCUCUGAAAAAGAGUCCCACGCACCAGCCUUUUCAUCCACUGCCUCAAGAUGGUGCUAUCCAUUGUCCACUGUACCAGAAUGAUUGUGGAAGAUUACCUCUUAGUGCCUCUUUUCCAGACAUGGAUGCAACUAACAACAAUGAUAGUGCACUGUGUUUCCAAGUAGACCAGGAGUCUCCUGGAAGCUAUUCUUCUGCUUUCACUGAUGUGGGACGAUGUACUCCAAGGGAGAGAAGAGGAACUACAGACAAAGAGAAACUGCCAGCUAGAGCUGUGUAUGACUUUAAAGCUCAAACUUCUAAAGAGCUGUCCUUUAAGAAAGGAGAUACUGUCUAUAUCCUCAGGAAAAUUGAUCAAAACUGGUAUGAGGGUGAGCACCAUGGAAGAGUUGGAAUAUUCCCAAUUUCUUAUGUUGAGAAACUUUCUCCCCCAGAAAAAGCACAGCCUGCCAGGCCACCUCCCCCUGCACAGAUUGGAGAGAUUGGAGAAGCUGUUGCCAAAUAUAAUUUCAGUGCAGACACAAAUGUGGAGUUAUCACUUAGAAAGGGAGACAAAGUAAUUCUUCUUAAGCGAGUUGAUCAAAACUGGUAUGAAGGUAAAAUACCAGGAACCAACAAACAAGGCAUCUUCCCUGUCUCCUAUGUAGAAGUCAUCAAAAAGAAUCCAUCAAAAGAUGUAGAUGACUAUCCUGACCCUCCAAUACCCCAAAGCUAUUCUAGUGACAGAAUACAUCAUUUAAGUUCAACUAAGUUGCCUUCCCAAGCACUGAGCCCACUUUCCAGACAACUUCCGUCGUCUUGGUCACACAUUGAUCAAAAGAUUCUCCAGGUUGACCGUAGUGAUUUGUUCUCAAGGACUGUUGGUUUUUCACCUUCAGGCAUGUGCAGUUUAACUUCUCCGUCAGUUCCAGACAGUUUUCUUUGUGACAUAGAAGAACUCAAUUCUUUGGCAUUAGCAACCUCCCAAACUGUAGCAAUGUCCCCAGGUAAUAGCAUUCACCCCAUUAAGGAAGGUCACUUUAUGCCAAAUACAGAGGUGUUUCUCAGCUCUCCUACAGAUCUUCCUCUGUCCUCUCUGGUAUCUCCCUCUGUCUCAUCUUCAGCCAGCUCAUCUCAUGACAUAGCAUUUAAGCACGUCAGCAACAAUACUAAGUCAGGAAAAGAUAAAGACUUAGAAAGCAUAAUUGACCCUUUAGUUAUUGAAGUACCUAGAGAUUUGUCAGAUACUACAAGAGAAGGUGAACGUGGCGCUAUGUGUAACAUCCCUUCGCCAUAUGAAGAAGGUUCCUUAUCCAGUGUGCUAGCUGCAAGUGCUGAAACUGAAGAGGAAAUCUGUACUGCAGACCUGUCACUUAACAAAGGGGAUCAGUCAGAACCUCAAGAUUCAGAUUACUCCGAAGAAGCAGAAGACACAACAGAAGAACUAACUAGACUGCAUAUAGAGGAGGAUCUGGUACAUGACAAUUUAGAAUUCCCAAUAGAAAGUGGAGAAGAUUCUAUGGAUUGUUAUGAAGGAUAUACUUCACCAAAUAUUUUUAAGGCACCUACUUCCCACUCCGUUCCUACAAUAUCCCUGUCUACUGCUUCCCUCUCAGCUCCUCUCCUCUCUAAACCCUUACAUCAGCAGGAGAAAGACUCACUACAGUUAAAGGCUAAUUUAAAGAGGGAGCUAUUUGUUAUGGGUAAACCUCCUCGUAGCCCAGUGAUGACUAAGAGAUCCUGCAGCUCACCUGUCAGAGGUCACAGCUAUUCACACAGGCCACAGCGCCCUGUGCUUUCUCAUGAAAAUAUACACAGUGGGGGGGAACCGUUUCAGGCUCUAUAUAACUAUACCCCUAGGAACGAAGAUGAAUUGGAGCUCAGAGAGGGAGAUGUCAUUGAUGUGAUGGAAAAAUGUGAUGAUGGAUGGUUUGUGGGAACCUCAAGAAGAACCAAAUUCUUUGGUACUUUCCCUGGAAACUAUGUCAAGAGGCUGUGAAAUUUUUUUUCUACUUAUUUAUGCUGCAUCUCUGCAACACAUCUGCAUAAAGCUGCUAGAAAACAUGCUACACUGGCCUUCUGUUUUCUCGCUUGCAGUCUCAAAUAGAGGCCAUCUAGUUCAUCCUCAUCCCAUCCCACCCGCCAAACCGUUCCAGCAGUAUUACAGCAACGACCACAGUGUGAAUAACUAAGCUUUUCUGAGACAAGAGGAAUCAUUUCAACAUUUAAAUACUCCCUGCUUUAAAGUCUUUUCAUAGGAAAAGCCUGAUGACAGGUACACAAAUGAGUUGCCAUGGGGGGUCGGGGGGAAGGGGGAAAAAAUUAAUCUUGGUUUGAACAUUUGUGGUACUAUCAUGAAGUCUAGUGGGAUUCUUUUCAGCAUGCAUGUAAUACAGAGGAAAGUUGCUGUUUACUAUUUUUUAAAAAAUUGGUUUCACACAUUCUUAUUAGCUUGGCAGCAUUUGUUGCUUCCACACUGCUGUGUCACAGGUUUGCCUAUUGUACUGGUUUACAAUGUAUGACAAACUAUAAUAUAGACUUUUUGCCUGCACUUGUAUGCUGUAACAAAUGCACAGUGAUUGUAAAAUCUCAAGCAAGCAAAGUGAAAAAUGAAGAACUGCAAGUGUUCUGAACGGGUGCAAUGGUAUUGGCUAAAUCUUUUUUUCUUUUUUUCCCUAAUGAAAAACUGUAGUGAACCUGUAGUGUUUCUGUUAAAAAGUAAGAAGUGCAAAAGGCACAAAGACUGGGGAAAGAGGAUUUAAGGAAGAGCAAGACAGUGCUGUAAGCAUAGGCAAUAAUAACCCGCUAUUGAUGUCUGAUAUUAAGUGGUUGUAAUCAAAAUGUUGUAAUAGUAAGCAACAUGAAGUGUAAGAGGUUAGUGUUUUUACUUAUCAGGAAAUUAAAGAAGCAGGAAGGUAAACAGUGUUAGUACAAAGGGUUGUUGGAUUUUGGUUUUUUUCUUUCCUAACCUAGCCACCUGAAAAAUAUUCACAAGCAUCAUGUACUGAUUUAUUUCACUAUAUAUGUGUAUGUAUGUUAAUGAAACCCAAGUUACACAUUCUUUUUAGGAAUUUAGACAGAAAAAAAAAGUCACAAGUAUUAAAACCGAUAUAUUUUAGAGGUGUUGGGUUUUGGUUUUUUGUCUGAAUGAACAAGUGUUUGAAAACAUACAUUUUCCAUAAGCAAAGGUAAGCAUAAAUAGCAAAUGAAAUUAAGGCACAGGAUGAUAAUGACUAUGGCUUUAUAAAAAUAAAAAUUUGGAUUUGGUUUCUUUGGCACCUUAUAGAUGGUAAAAGCUUCUGCUGCAUUUUUCAUGGGUAAAGGAUCAAAAUUAUCAAAAUGUAUGUAGUCUCUGUAGCAUUUUGUACAUAAUUUUGCUUUUUUGUACAGAGCCAUUUGGUUGUUGAUUUUUGAAAAAUUAAGUUUCUUGUUUGCCCUUCUUCACAUACAGAACAUUUUAAUGCAUUUUUCCUUUCUUUCUCUGUUUACCAUAAGCACAUCUGGAUAGUGCAAUUCUGUAAGAUAGCCUUUUAUGCAAAAUUUUAUUAAUUAAAAUAUGGUUUACCAGCCAAAUCUAAAUGUACAUACGUCUUUAUUACUGAGGAAGGUCAUUAAGGCAAAGGUAAAGAAACAUCUUUGUGCAGCAUACCUUUAUUAUUGCAGAUUUCAUGGCAAAAGCUUUAUAUUCAAAGGCUUUCAAUUUUAAACUAGAUCUGCAUGCAGCUUUGCUGUGAGAUUAAUACUAUCUUUGAUGCCAUUUAUGAUUGAAGACUUAAAUAUCUGUUGCCUGUGAUAUUUAAAAAGUACUGUUUCUACUCUGUAUCUGAUUUUAGAAAAAUGCAGGUUUUUCAUACCUGGGUUUCAGGUAACUGACUUUGAAUUCCUACAAGCAAAAGGUCUCUGUGGUUUUUUUUUUCUUGAAUAGACUUCUAAUAAAUUUUGCUUGGAGUACAAAA